AUGUUCUUCGUGCACAUGUGCGUCUUCCUCGCCAUCCAGCUGCUCUGCCUCCACCGCUCUGCACUCCAUGACAUCAACUACCACGUUGUGCUUCUGGUCUGUCUGCUUCUCCUGCGCCGCAUAGUCGCCUGUUUCAUUGACUUCCACCCACCUGCCGCGAAUAAAGCCUCUGCACCUGCCUCCUCUCGGUCCGCCAAUGGCAGCAGUGCGAGCAGUAGCUUCCUCAGUCGACUCUUCCUCCUGAGUAGCAGGAGGAACGGAAGCGCCAUUCCACCUCCUGCCUCUCUCAGUGGUGCUGGCAACGCCACGCCUUCCGCAGCGGACAGAGUAGGUGAUAUUGUAGCUUCUAGUGCGGUUAGAAGUGCAAAAGAAGCAGUCACCAGCGGUUCAAAGGCGUGGAGGGUGAAGGGCAAGGCCGGGCGGGGAGGGGAUGAAGAAACGGCUUGUGCUGAUGGCACUGCUGCAAGGGAGUCGUUUUCGUUGACUGGUAGCGGCAUGGUGGCAGGGGAUGGGGUAAUCAAGGCUGGCAAUCACCACUCCACGGGUAGUUUUGGUGAAAGCGUUGGAAGCACCAUUGGUGCAGGAGGGGCAGGUGGUGCGGUGGAUGUUGCUGGUUCGGGCGGCGGGUUUGACUCGCCAGAGGCAGGCAAGGAGCUGUUGCUGGGAGACGAUUCAACAGUGAAGGGGAACUCUCUGCUUAAUCCAGGGCUUGCCGAUCCGUCAAGGGGCUCGGGGCAUGGACAGUGGGAGCAGCAUGUCUUUCCUCCCAUGAGCGUCGUCACUGGCACCUGCAGCUCCCUGCUUCUGGUGGGGCUAUACGUGGCGGCGGUGGCUCUCCUCGCGCUCAAGCUCUCCCUCACUCUUCCCUGGCAGUCGCAGCUGCUGCUCUUCGUCCCGCCCAUCUGCUACGCCAUCAUCGUUGCGCUGCUCAACCACCAGAUCAGCCAUUCAUCCAGCCUAAACUCGCACUCUCACUCGUCCCCUCCCUCCUCCGUCCCUCACACCUCCCCAUCCCUGCACGACUGCACAGUCCCCCAGCAAAACCCACUGGGUGGUGCUGCUCCUCAUGCAGCAUCAGCAGCGCCUUGCCAGCAGCCUAGCGGUGUGCAUCCGGUUUCCCCCUGCAGCAACCAGCCAAUGGGCUUUCCUCUGGCGUCACAACAGACAAAAAAUCUUAGUGGGGAGCCGCCUGGGGAGGUGGCGGCAGGGGGGACGGGAGGGAGUGACGGCAGCACGACAGCCGCGGCGCUGGCCCAAGCUGCUGAUGCGCCUGGUGCUCGUGGAGGCAUGCUUGGGGAGCUACCUGGUGGGCGUCGUCGCCAUUCAAGGCACCUACUCGCUGCCUCUGCUCGUGCGUGCAGAAUGAGCGCCUCUCAUGCUGCUUGCUGCCUGCUGCUGGAGUACUCGUUUGUGGGGGUGGCCGUGCUGUUGCUCAAGAAGGAGGCGGUGCUGCGCUGCUCAACUCAAACCUCCAAUGCACCCCCUUCCCCCUCCCCCCAACCUGUUUUUCAGAUGCACGAGGAUAUCCUAGUGAGCCGCCUGUCGUGCUGUCUGCUGCUGGGGUACGCGUUUGUGGGGGCGGCCAUACUGCUGCUAAUGAAGGAGGCGGUGCUGCUGCUAAUGAAGGAGGCGGUGCUGCUGCUGAUCGAACCAAACCCUCAAACCCUCCUUCCUUGCCUCGUACCCACUUCAGAUGCACGAGGACAUACUAGUGAGCCGCCUCUCGUGCUGCCUGCUGCUGGGGUACGCGUUUGUGGGCGCGGCCAUGCUGCUGCUGAUGAAGGAGGCUGUGCUGCGGCGGCAGCAGGUGGAGUAUGUGGCAGCGCACCUGGGGUGCUGGCACCGGUCGUGGCGGAGUGGAAUCCCCACAGUGUGCCGUACAGUGAGGGAGCCAUUGUGCAGAGAGGGGCCCGGGGGCUGCCACUCACACAAGUCUUCGUGUCCUCUCCCCUUCCCACCUCUGCUCCUCUUCCCCUCUUUUCGUCUUUCCGCACCUUUCCACGCCACCAGGGACGUGGCGGAGUGGAAUCCCCACAGUGUGCCGUACAGGACGUGGUGGAGUGGAACCCCCACAGUGUGCCGUACAGCGAGGGAGCCAUUGUGCAGAGAGGGGGGCGUCUCUUUGUGGGGCUCGGCAGGUUCAACACCGCCCAGCCCGGCUCGCUCUCCGCCGCCCUCCUCUUUCUGCUGCACCACCAGCCGCUUGUCUUCUCCAACUGGGUCGUCGGCACUCAGAUCUGCGUCUCAGUGAGCACCCAGGCUUAG